GUAACGCGCAUGGGCCCCGGAGCCUUUCUCUGAACUGGGGAGUGUGUGUGUGAGGGGGGCGUGUGCUGGACGCGGUUUCCCCUCACCUCACCCAGCGGCGGUGAGGUCCUUCCUCGCGGUUUCUUCCCCGUCAUCUCCUCACCUGCGGCGGCCAUGUCGGUGUUGGCGGCGGGACGGGGCUGGUAGGCAGCGGUAGGGGCGCCUGGGCUCGGCCCCCGCUGUGGCGGAGCGAGAAUGAUGAAGUCCUCUGUACAUACAGAAGAAGAUGACUUUGUGCCAGAGCUUCAGAGAAGCAUCCAUCCCAGAGAGAGGCCAGAUUGGGAGGAGACUCUCAGCGCUAUGGCAAGAGGUGCAGAUAUCCCUGACAUUCCAGGGGAGCUGCCGCUCCGGACCUGUGGCAGCACAGCAAGUAUGAAAGUGAAGAAUGUGAAAAAAUACAUCAACCCGGGACUGAUGGGCUGUGAUGCCUUUCACAGGUUAUCCUUUACAAAGGGUCAUUUCCCGAAGAUGGCUGAAUGUGCACAUUUCCAUUACGAAAACGUGGACUUUGGCAACAUACAGCUUUCGCUCCCGGAGGAACAGAAUGAAGUAACAAGAAACGGCUGUGAAUCCAAGGAACUGGUCUACCUUGUACAGAUCUCUUGUCAGGGGAGGAGCUGGAUCGUGAAACGGAGUUAUGAAGAUUUCAGAGUACUUGAUAAACAUCUUCACCUAUGUAUUUAUGACCGACGCUUCUCCCAGCUCUCUGAGCUACCCCGCUCCGAUGCCCUGAAGGACAGUCCAGAGCUUGUCACCCAGAUGCUGAUGGCUUACCUGUCACGUCUCUCAGCCAUCGCAGGCAACAAGAUAAACUGUGGGCCUGCUCUCACAUGGAUGGAGAUUGAUAACAAGGGGAAUCACCUGCUAGUCCAUGAGGAAUCAUCCAUUAACGUUCCUGCUAUCGCUGCUGCCCAUGUUAUUAAGAGAUAUAUCGCUCAGGCAGCAGAUGAGCUGUCCUUUGAGGUGGGAGACAUCGUGUCUGUUAUUGACAUGCCACCAAAGGAGCUGACCACAUGGUGGAGAGGCAAACAUGGAUUUCAGGUUGGAUUUUUUCCUAGUGAGUGCGUUGAACUAAUUAACGACAAAGUUCCUCAGUCCGUGACCAAUUCUGUGCCAAAACCAGAUUUGGAGAUGGAUAGUGUAAAGCCAGGCUCUGCAUAUGUUACAGAGGCUCUGAACCAGUCCCAGCUGAGCUCAGUAUCGAAAAAGCACGGCAAGCUCAUCACCUUCCUUCGUACAUUCAUGAAGUCGCGCCCAACGAAACAGAAACUGAAACAGCGGGGGAUCCUGAAGGAAAGGGUGUUUGGCUGUGACCUGGGAGAGCAUCUUCUCAACUCUGGCCAUGACGUCCCCCAGGUCCUCAAGAGCUGCACUGAAUUCAUUGAGAAGCAUGGCAUUGUGGAUGGAAUAUAUCGUCUGUCUGGGAUUGCGUCCAACAUCCAGAAACUGCGCCACGAGUUUGACUCCGAGCAGAUUCCUGACUUGACAAAGGAUAUUUACAUCCAGGACAUUCACUGCGUGGGCUCCCUCUGCAAACUGUACUUCCGCGAACUCCCCAACCCUCUGCUGACCUAUCAACUCUACGAGAAAUUCUCAGAUGCUGUUUCUGCUGCUACAGAUGAAGAACGGUUGGUUAAAAUCCACGAUGUCAUCCAACAGCUGCCCCCUCCCCACUACAGGACACUGGAGUUCCUAAUGAGACACUUAGCUCGUCUAGCUGAUUACUGCUCCAUCACAAAUAUGCACACUAAGAACUUAGCAAUUGUCUGGGCUCCAAACCUCCUACGAUCAAAGCAGAUAGAGUCUGCCUGCUUCAGUGGAACAGCUGCCUUCAUGGAGGUGCGAAUCCAGUCAGUAGUUGUGGAAUUCAUCUUGAACCACGUGGACGUCCUCUUCAGUUCCAAACUCAGCUCAGUCAUACGAGAUGGAGCAGGGCACAGUUCUUUAUCACGGCCCAAGUCUCUGUUGGUGUCCUCUCCUUCCACAAAGCUGCUCACGCUGGAGGAGGCACAGGCACGGACACAAGCCCAGAUCAACUCCCCCAUCGUGGCAGACAGCAAAUACAUAGAAGUGGGAGAAGGUCCUGCAGCUUUACAGGGGAAAUUCCACACGGUCAUAGACUUUCCAUCUGAAAGAAAAAGACCGCCCAGCAAGAUGAAGAAAUCGCCAGUUGGCAGUUGGCGUUCCUUCUUCAACCUGGGAAAAUCAUCAUCCGUGUCCAAACGCAAACUACAGCGCAAUCCCAGUGAGCCGUCAGAAAUGAAAGCCAUAGCCCUGGCAGGUGGACGAGGAGACAGCGGGACCCUCCGCUCAGCUAAAAGCGAAGAAUCUCUUACUUCUCUGCAUGCUGUUGAUGGUGAAUCUAAACUGUUUCGACCCCGAAGACCUCGGUCCAGUAGCGACGCAUUGUCCGCUUCCUUCAAUGGAGAGCUCUUAGGAAACAUGAAUUGCUGCAAUUCUUACGACAACCUUCCCCACGACAACGACAGCGAUGGGGACGAAGGGCUCAUCCACGUUCCUGCCCUGAUUUCUCCUCGAUCUGCUGAAGACGUUGACCUGAGCCCACCGGAUAUUGGAGUCGCUAGCCUGGAUUUUGACCCAAUGUCUUUUCAGUGCAGCCCGCCCCAAGCAGAGUCCGAGUGCCUGGAUAGCAGUACCUCCCUGCUGGAGUCAGUCAGUGUAAACAAGGAGAAGCCAAGCCUACUAAAGAAGGAUUUAGAAUCAGGCAGCCAGUCCCAGACACCAGGCAGUGCCACGAGCUCUGAGCCAGUCUCCCCUUUCCAAGAGAAGAUGAGUCCCUUCUUUACUCUGGACCUGAGCCCAACUGAAGAGAAGGCCUGCAAACCCCUCGCCUUCUCACCCAAGAUGGGGCGAAAGCCCAUCAAAUCGCCGCCGCCUACAUCAGAACCUGUCUCCUUUGCGCUGCCCAGCCGCAUGUCAGAAGCGAUUGGAGGAGCGCCCAUCACAUCCAGAAACUCCUCUGCUUCCAGCUGGAGCAAAGGGAUUGGCAUCACUGAAAUCACAAACAGGUCCCCAACCCAGAUGUCCUUGCCCCUGAAAAACAGUGAUAUGGGAGCAGGGGAAGGAGCCCACCAAGAGCUACAGCAUGCCCAGCUAGUGGCUGCUGGCAAGCCCGAGUUGCCAGAAGAAGGGGAGAGACCAAUGUCAAGCAGUCAGAAUAAGACUGUACCCACUGGACACACAAAGCCAGGAGCAGUUGCCCUCGACUCCCCCCAGGAUCCUGUUCCCGUCAGUUCCGUGUCUCUUAUCCCUCCUCCUCCUCCGAAAAAUGCAGCGCGCAUGCUAGCCCUAGCGUUAGCCGAGUCCGCACAGCAAGCAUCCGCUCAGUCUCAGAAAAAGCCAGGAGAUGCUCAUUCUGAAAGCACAAAUUACGGAGAGACUGAAGCUGGCACAGCUCUAGAAAAGCUCCAUCUCUCUGCUGGUGCUCCAGACAAGCUCCACCUGUAUACCGGUCUGCCCGAGAACCGACUUCACUUCCAGACCGGUGCACCAGUAGAGCAGGAUUUCCAAGGUAGCAGCAGCACGCCCGGGGAGCAGAACCACCCACUGGGUGCACCUGGAAACCGGGACUCCCCACCUCUCCACCCUGGCGUGCCUGGGGACAUGCCCGGUAGCAGAGAUGCAGAGCAGGAGCAGUCCAGCUUCCAUCCUGGUAAACCAGGGGACAAAGAUCACUUCCCCUCCCACGCUGGGGACUGGGAGCACACACCCCACCAUACUCCAGGUGCGCUGCCUGACUGGGAAGCACCCACCACAGACUCUUCUGUAGAUAAGCCCCACCACCGUGCAUGCGUGUCUGGGGACAAGCACCACGUUCCUAUCUGCACGGCCGAUGACAAACUUCAGUCUCCUCCUGUCGUAACUGCCGGGGAGAAAAGCACCCCGGCUUCAAUGCCAUAUUUAACAACCAUCCAGACAACAGCAACUGAGCCUAACCGUGAACCAGCAGGUCCAGCCAUAACUCAGGCAGACGUCGCAGUUACAGCUGCGCAGCGCACGCUCACGACCGGCCAGCCCGCCCCGCCGCAGAGGCAGGAUCACCAGGCGGCAAUGGGACAAGUGCCAGCAGCCUCCGCGAAAGCCUCGAGUAGUUCCAGUCAGGUUUGGGGCACAACCGCACCUGAAAAGCCACCUGAGCCCACGCCUGGUUUUGUCUCAGAAAGCAGUUCUACAACCCGCUGCUCUUCCUCUGUGCCCACGGGCCACCAGAGCCAUUUGGAAAAGCCUCGGGAGACUACGAGGGCUCCCCCGCUGCACCUGCGGUCCGAGUCCGUCCCUACUCACUCCUCCUACAGCUUUACACCCCCCGUCCCGCCUGUGAGAACACUGGAAAGCAAAAUUGCUGCCGCCAUGCACUCAAACAACACGGAUGUCAUCAACAACUCCAAUUAUCACGCCUUCCUUUCUUCCUCCACGCUGGCCUCCUCUGUGGAGGAAGCCCUGCUGCCACCGCCACCACCUCCUCCGCCCAAGCAUGCCUCCCUGCAGUCUGUGUACGUGCCACAUCCCAAGCCAGAGAGCAUCCCUGAGCCCUCCGGGCCAGACAGCUACCUGCACCACAAGCCGCCUUCCAUCCAUCAGUACAGGCCCGAGAGCGUUCCUCCCCACAUCUACCACAGCAAGCCUGACCAGCACCAAGCCUACCCGCCUCGGUCAGAGACACCCACUUCUGUGAGCACUCGCUACAACACCUACACAAACCAAGGGAAGAGCACCUCAACCCUGCACUCCAAGCCGCGCAGCCGGACAGAGUUUGUGUCCUCGGUGAGCCCAACAGGCCUGCGUAAUGCCAGCUAUGCCGAGGAUGCUCCACCCUACCCCACUAUCCGAAGGGUUCAGUCGCUGCACGUCCCCACCCCUGCUGCCUCCGCUAUCCGUUCCGUUCCCAUUUCACGGACCGAGGUACCUCCGGACGACGAGCCAGUGUACUGCCCGCGGCCCCUCUAUCAGUACAAGCCAUAUCAGCCCCACUCCGACUACCACGUAACUCAGCUGCAGCCUUACUUUGAGAACGGGCGGGUACAUUACCGCUACAGCCCUUACUCCAGCUCUUCCGGAUCCUCUUACUACACCACUGCUGAUGGGAGCUUUUAUGACCUAGACCCCUACAACACUGUGCGGGUCCGGCCUUUCCACCCCCUGCCCAGCCGAGACUUCACAUCGUAUGCCUCCCGGCUGCAAAGCAAAGGCCUGUACCGCUAUCCCAGCUUGUCCGCCUACCCUCGGGGUGGCCUCAUCGGCCACCUGGCAGGCAAAGAGCACAGCUUCAUCAGCAGAGAUGUGCCUCCUGCCCCGGACAUCAAGCACAUGUACAUGUCGUGGGACCUCGAGGACAUGGAGAAGUACCGCAUGCAGUCUAUUCGCCGGGAGAGCCGCACGCGCCAGAAAGUGAAAGGGCCAGUGAUGUCCCAGUACGAUAACGUGACCCCGCUGCUGCAGGAGGAACUGGGAGGACUGGAUGUGAUUCACUUGCGCAGCAAGUCAGAUCCUGGGAAAACUGGCCUCCUCACUGUGGCAGAAGGGAAGGAGGGCAGGUACCCGGCCAAAGCCACUACACCCGAGGGGGACGAGCGUUACUACAUGCAGCACCCUGAGCCAGAGCUGGACAGAGCCCACUACCACGGAGCCUACGGGAACGGGCAGUCGGAGAAGCCGUCCCUUCCCCAGAAGCAGAGCAGCAUCCGGAACAGGAAGCUGCAUGAGCCCGGCUGCAGCACUAACGAACACAGGACGCACUUGCAGCAGGAAGCAAGCCAUAGGCAGCCUUCCGAAUCCAAAAACGGGCCCCCUUAUCCCGACUACAGGCCCAAAGGUGGCCCAGAACCCUCCGAGCCCAUCGGUUACCAGCACUCGGGCGGGAAGUACAUCCCAGCGAACCAGGAGACCCUGAGACUGAACCACAAGGAGGUGAGGUUGGCAGAGGACAGGCCAGAUUUGGAGAGGUCUCGAGCCAGACCGAGCACAUCCAUGGAGAAGCACUCCAGAGACUGCUACAAAGAAGAGGAGCACGCCGCCUCUCCCAUGGCACCGCCACCCAAGCCCGAACGGAGCCACAGCCUCAGAAUGCAGCACCCCGAAACCAUGGAGAGAGACUCUGCCCUCCUUUACCCAUACCAAACCCUUGGGAAACGCCAAAGCACUAUGACUGUGGUGUCCCAGUAUGAUAAUUUGGAGGAUUACCAUACCAUGCCUCAGCACCAAAGAGGGGGCUAUGGUGGAGGAGGGGGGUUUGCGCCCCCCAGUUUUACCCACGUGCACAGUAGAACUUAUGCCACGGCCCUCGGCCAGGGAGCCUUCCUCCCGACAGAGCUGUGUUUGCAGAGGCCUGAAACAGAGGUCCAUGUUGAGUGAGCUGGUGUGGGGGGAAGGAGGGAUAGAGUCUAAGCAGCCUCUGCUGGACAGCGGACUGUUUUAUUUUUUCAGUGACGAAAAAAAAAAUAAGAAACCCAACCCUGCCCCGAUGAGCAAAGCAAACCCACCUUCAGCCCCACCCCUACCAGCCCACCACUCACUGUUUUUAUGUAGUAGAGAUACAGCUUUUUCAUGUAGUUUUGAGACAACUGGAACGAUAGGGCAGGCUGUUGGCACACAGAUGUUGCCAGAGAGGCCGGGCAGAGCUGAAAGAGAUGCUGUCGGGGCAGGGGAAGGAGAAGUUUUUCCUUCCCCAGAUUUGACAUUGGCAGUUACCACCACUUCCUCUCCACACCUCCGUGGUCCUGUGCAUGAUGGACUGUGCAUGCAGCUGUCCUCCCCGUGAGCCCCGUGUGUAGUACAUUGCCCUUCCCACUGCUAGCUUCCAAGAAGGGGGCUCCAUGACACGCCCUGGAAGAACCUCUGUUCUGCCCCCUCUGAGGUUUUGCAGCAGAAGUGGGCCAGAAGCUGGGGGGGGGGGGGUAAGUCUUCCCAAGUAUUUUCUUCUUGAUAAAUGCCGAGGUCCUGCCUCUCCCUUGAAAAUUGAUGCUUAGGCAUAGCAGAUCCACUUCCAUUGCUUUGAAGUGGGUGGGAGCCUGUUUUGACUUCAAGCCUGUGGAAUAGGCUCUGAAGCAAGUUCAAAAUACAACGCACUUUUUAAAUUGCUUGCUUAACGAGCUGCUUCUGACUACAAGAAAUCAAAUUACUUUAAAUUUCUCUAAUGUAAGCGGAGGCCAGCUAUGGAAGCCAAGUAGGGCAGGUUUGCAUUUCUCAUACCAAAAGAAAAAAAACACAUACAACAAAAAUAUACCAAACCGUACACAUGCAGUUGGGAACAGCACACCCCUUUCAUGCCAAUUCCUCUUUAGUGCUAGGCUAGCUACAGUCCUGAUGAUUUAAUACCAUGUUGUGACUGGCCAGACAAUAUCAUCUCUAGACAAAAAAUACUAUGAAAAUAAAAAAUCUCUAUAGCAUUAUAUCCAGCUUGUAAAUUGGAGCCCAACUUCCCAGCUGGGAAUGAGUGUGUCAGUGCCAAGUUACCUGCAUGACCAGCUGUUUGCCCUGGGCCAGAUCCUGCAGCUCUCAGAUCAGGGAAUGCUCCUAUUGACCUUAAACUGAAGGUCUACAGGACACAGCUUUCUGUAACCUUUAAGUUCUGCGUUGGCAAGGGGAUCCCUGUGAAGUUGUGGCACAUAGAGUAGUUACGUUCUGCCUGUGCGCUGUGAAAUAGUAUUGCCUCCCGUAUCGCAAGUGUAGCUCAUACCAGCAUUCAGUUAGCAGUAGGGACAGAAGGCCAAUGCGCUCUCUAGAACACACUAACAGCCUUCUCCUAGGUAUUUAAAAGCUUUCCGUAUUGUAAAAGAAGCCAGGCGGCAUCUUGCGUGCAGCCUCGCAGCCUUCCCAGGACUUACUACAACCCUACCUUAUAAAGCACAUCCAUUUCAUUAGACAGGGCUUGCAAGCAAUACUUGAGAUUUAGGAGUUUUUAAAUGUUCACUGAUAAAUUCCAAGGCCAUUCCUGUUCCAUGCGGUUGAAGAACUUUUCUAGCAUUUUGGAUCGCUAAUUAUUAAAGACCUGGAGGCCCUGCAGUUAGCACACAGCUGUGAAAGUUAAAGGCAACUUAGAUGGUUAUUUGAACAAGUUUCAUGGCUUUUUUGGGGCUUUUAAGUCAUAAGGAAAACCUGCUUCUAGUAGCUAACUAGUCUUUAACUGUUUGCUUCUUUUAAUCUUGUAGCCUUGUCUGGGGCCAUUUCAGCGACGUUACUUUAUGGUCCUAUUUUUUGUGCAGUGCUGCUGUUUGAAGCAUUUUGUUUAGAAGAGUUGUUCUUACAUGUUACAGAAAUAUAUCUGGCAGAAGGAAAAAAAGAAGCACUGUGAUCCAGGUGCAACAGUCUCCUUGUGAGUCAUUACCAGGUAGAGGGGUUGGGCUUUUUUUUUUUUUUUUUGCAAGGGAAUGCUUUUUGUAAUGUUUUCUUUAAAGGAAAACUAACAAAAAUACAUGGAAGGGGGCCAUUAGGUGAGCCACGUUGUGGGCCACCCUGUCUACAUUGCUGGCUAACUCCCUAGGGAGGGCUGACCUGUCCAGAUUCCUUGGUGCAAGAUCACCAAGAGAGUCCAGUUUAAGCACGUGCGCUCUCAAGAGAGGCAUGUAUUGUGUUAGGACUAGUACCAGUCCUCAACCAGUCUCCCCACAGCUGCCAGUUACCUGCAGGGACAAUGUGCUUGGUUCAGGCUAUUUGGGAUUCAGGUAAUGAGAGCUGUAGGUCAAACCUCUCUCUCCAUGAAAGCCUUAACUCCCCGCUCCUGCCCCCCACAGCAACUCUCCUAACCUCUGUUUUGGCCUUAUGUUAACCAGGACUAUCCUACUCUGAGGGCGCUGAACCCAGCUCCCACUGACUGUAAAUGCCUCUCUGGAUUUUCCUGCUCGAAGCCACUGUCCCCCUCUAGAGAUCAAGUGCCAUCCCUGGACAAUUUCUGUUCCUUAUAGUUUUGCGCUACUACUGCCUGAGCCUGGGCUCUUCAGCUCACUGCUUUGUAUGAAGUGCCAGGUGCUAAGCACCCUCUCAAAACAAAAAUGCUUUCAGCACUUUUCAGAAAGAGCUCUAGAAGUGCACACCCAUACACAGUGAUGGCUGCUACAAACAGCCUUCCCCUUGAGAACAAGAAAGUCUCCACUAAAAAAAAAAAAAGGCAACUUAAUACCCAGCAUCAUGCCAUCCCUCUGCACGCAGCCACAUCAGCAUGGUUCAGAGAACCCAAACCAACUUCAGUACACCAGGGCUGAGCCACAAGUACAAAAAAAACCCCAGAAAACCAAGGUUAAGGCACCAGCUUUUCCCAGGUAACACCACAGAUGAACACCUUUCUUUUAGUGUUGCUGCUGCCCAUGGCUUCAACAUUUGGUGUGAUUCAGCAGUCAUCCCCGCAUCCACCCCGUGCAAAGCCAUAUAGUGAACUAUGCAGUUCUGCUCUUGCACUGUGGUUAAUCCGAUGGUCCUUUGAGUUUUACAUCCUCACUCAUUGAUUCACCAUAAAGUCAAAACAGCCAGCUGAGAUUAAGAAGGGCAUUGUGCAGUGGAGCAAGGAGGGGUGGUUACACCAGAUGUCUAAGUAAGGUGGAUGAUCUGGAGGUAAGUUGGUAGUUCAGGUUUUAGCAUCGUAGCAGAGAAAUGGGAGGGAGCAAGGGGACGGCAACACAAAUAAUACUCUACUGCAAGUCCAGUUCUGCUCUGAUGAAGUCAUUUAUUGCCUAACCUUAUCUCCAGCAAGAUGACAAGCAGCUAUGUUGUUAAAUAAUUCCCUUAGACUUGCCACAAGCUAUCUGCAUCUUAAAUUGCUACUUCCUAAGUUUUCAGCUGAGUUUCUCUCUAGUGCAUGCAAGAGUUAGGGUCUGGUAGUGUACUACCAUGUACAGAGAUUUCCAUCUCUGCUUUGGAGCAGAACAUGCAACCCAUAGGAGAUGAUGUUAGGUGAGUAAGGAGGACCUAGCCCCUAUGAAGUCUUAAGCAUCAAUUUCAGAUUUUUAAAGAUUCUUAUCAGGUGAAAUCUAUAUUCAUAUAUGAGAAAACACCCACAACUUUGUGCCUAUGUCUUUCCAGAGAUCCUCGGUUUAUGCUCAUCAUUCGAAGGGGGGGUCAGUAAGGAUUGCACAGCAGUAGUAAGUUGCUACACGAAACCAAAACCGACUUGAAAACACACUGUUCCUCUUUAACCCCAGAAUGGGACAGAACCUCACAUGUACUCUGCCAUUCCUCAGUACCUUGACAGGGCAUUGACUGAAGUGAUGUGUUACGUGUUAGGAAAUCUGGAUAAGUUGUUUUACUUACUUUUGUUAAAGGCGGCUUAGGCAUGCAACUCUUUUCCCAGAGCCUCAUGCUACAGAUACCCAAUGUUGAAAGGCAUGGUCUGGUUUAAACAAACAGACACCGUAAUACCUUUGUGUGCAGAGUCUUGCCUCGUCCAGUCGGGGGGAGGGAGGGGGGGAGAAAAGGGUUGUUUUGCAGUUCAUUUUCCUGCUGUAGAAGACUUGAUUUUUCUUUCCCUGAGCCGCAUGAGAGAAACAUCCCAGAAAGUCUUGGGUUCCCUUUGGAGUUCCCUUCACUUUAAUUUAUAUAGUGUCUUUUUUUGUGAACUGGUGUAAAAUGUAUAUGCCGACGAGCUCAUGUAUUUUUAUGUAAAUAUUUUUUGUGGUUUCCCCACUUGCCCUUCUCUGUAAAUAUUUAGAAUUCUCAUAUUCUUCUCACCUUGUAUGAUGCAGAUGUGGUUUUGUUUCUGUUUUUUAUUUGUACUGUAAUGGAACAAUCCAGACUGAGGUGUCUUGUGGUAUUAAACAAAAGCAACAGUCCCACUGAGCUCACACUCAGAUGUACAACUUGACAGCAUUAAUCAAGCCAGGUUAAAAACUA